UCUGAGCGCCAAACCAGCCAGAGAAAACGAGCGAGAGGGAGAGAGAGAGAGAGAAGGAGAGAAAGAGAGAAAGAGAGAGGGUGAAUUGCUCGCGGUAGGGAUGAGCUGAGAGGAGAGAGAGAGAGACUGCACGCUCUCUCCCCAGCCUGUGGCUCUUUUUGCUUCACCUCUGUUGGUUUAAUCUCUCCAUUUUUGUUUCUCUCCGCUGAGAAGUGCAACAGCUUUGUCCGCUAGCUCUCUUAGCAUAUAGGCGUGCGGGCGCAUGUGUGUGCGUUAGCCAGCGUUAGCGCUCACAUUAGCCACCUCGGCGCUUCCGUAACCCCCCCUCAACCCCCCCACCUCCUCCUCCUUCUUGCCGACGGCCGCCAGCGGAGAGUGGAGUGGAGCGCAGCUGCUCGUAACCAUGGAGGUGACCAUUCCAUGUGAUGCAGGUGGUGAGAGAGCAGAUUAUGCGAGCGCUGACGGUCAAGCCUAACUCCCUGGACCAGUUCAAGAGCCGCCUACAGAACCUCAGCUACACAGAGAUCCUAAAGAUCCGCCAGUCCGAGAGGAUGAACCAGGAAGACUUCCAGUCGAGGCCCAUCCUUGAGCUCCGUGAGAAGAUCCAGCCGGAGAUCAUGGAGCUCAUCAAGCAGCAGCGCCUCAACCGCCUGUGUGAUGGCACCUGCUUCAGGAAGAUCAGCAGCCGCAGGAGGCAAGAUAAGUUCUGGUACUGUCGACUGUCUCCUAAUCAUAAAGUCCUGCACUAUGGAGAUCUGGAGGAGAACCCCCAGGGUGAGGUGCCCCAUGACUCUCUGCAGGAGAAGCUGCCCGUGGCUGACAUCAAAGCUGUUGUCACAGGCAAGGACUGCCCUCACAUGAAGGAGAAAGGAGCUCUCAAGCAGAACAAGGAAGUGCUGGAGCUGGCCUUCUCCGUCCUCUACGAGUCCGAUGAGUACUUAAACUUCAUCGCCCCUGACAAACACGAGUACUGUGUGUGGACAGAUGGGCUAAAUGCUCUGCUAGGGAAGGAGAUGACCAGCGAAUUCACCAAGAGUGACCUGGACACUCUGCUUAGCAUGGAGAUGAAGCUACGCCUCCUCGACCUGGAGAACAUCCAGAUCCCUGAGGCUCCGCCUCCCAUCCCCAAGGAGCCUAGCAACUAUGACUUUGUCUACGACUGCAACUGAAAGCAAAACAAAACCAUUACCCACUGGACCAACGGUUUCCCUUUUUUCCCUCUAAAGUUGUUACUGGAAGUUUUAAACAAACAAAAAAAGAACUUUUAGAGAAACUCUUGCAUUGAAAAAAAUGAAGAACAAAAAAAAAAAAAGGAUUUAACUUUUUUUCUCUGCUAAAACUGUCUUUAAAAAAAGCAAGCUUCUCAAUAGGUGCACCAACUUUCAACCAUAAAUAUGAACACAGCCUUCGGGGACCUGCCACAGACGUCACAAUCGACAAGAGGAGACACCAACCAACACCUAACAACUCCAUCAAUUCAUCCAUCCAACCUCCCAUUUCUAGUUUCACGGCCCUGACCCGUUUCUACCUUCACCUCGGCAGACACAUCGAACAUCCAACGAGAAAGUCGCCCAGUUCACGUAGAAACGCUGUACUCUUGAGCACCGACCAUGUUGUAUUGCUGUUAAGCUUUUAUGUAGUUCUCAGGCCGUUGAGGUUUGAGGUCUUCAUUGCCAUUACAUUGAGGGAGACUGUGCUAGUUAAGUGGAGGGGUAAAGCGGGACUCUUGUGUUCACCAAUACACCGCCCAUCUUCCACUCAUCGAAGUGGCAGCUAAAGUCUGGAAUGAGAAGAGGAUGGGAGCAAAGGGGCCAACGGGUUGGUGGUUUUGAGGGGAAAAGCAAGAGACAAAGGAAAGUGAGAGAGGAAACUGUUGUAUUAUCUGGUGUAUCUCUCUCUCUCUUACAUUUUUGUGUUCCUCCUCCUCCGCUCUCGUACCUGUAGACUGUUAUUAACCAGGCUGUGUGGUCACUGAGCACUGCCUCCUUUACAACCGUAUACCAACACGUCACCUUGACGACACCUACAGUGCUUAAUCAUCCUCGCCCAAUCUCUGCUGUACUGCGUGCUUGCUUUUCCUUCGGUUUUAUUUUUUUCUUGUUUUUCUUCUUGUCUCAUUGAGGUUUUUUUUUUCCUGCUCCUGGUAACCCAAAUAGGUGCAGUGCAAAAGACCGCUGGAUCAUUCCAGAGCAAUAUCAAGCUAUCCACUUUUGUUUGAUUUUGUAAGCUGGUGUGACUCUUCUGUAAUGGUUGUGAUGCUGCCAAGUAGUCAGUGUUAUGGGGGGAGGGAGUGGGGGGGUCAUGUAUGUACAUUUGUCAGUAAAGGGAAGAAAAAAGUUUUUUUUUUUUUCUUUUAGGUUUUUUAAAAUUUGUUUUUAUUCUGGGACCAUGACACCUUUUGGAAAUUCCUAUUUAAUUUAAUUGAAAAAAUAUUAUAGUUAUUACUUGUAGAAUUUUAUUUGCUCCCAUUGUUAUUGGCUGAGUCCAUCAAUCUGCUGUUUACAUUAAAAUUGAAUAAAUGAGAACAUUCUCUGCGAUUGCUUACAUUAAAACCUCUGCACUUGCAUUAGGGUUUUUGUGAAAAUGUUGUGCAGUAACAAUGUUUGGGGAAACACUAUGUAGAAUGUUGGAUGUUGAAUAUUUUGGAGCAGUAACUCGAUAAGACCUGAUGUUGUGAUUCUUCUACCACCAGUCAUGUCAGGGUGCCAGUUUGUCUGAGGCCUCCCACAAGAGACAUUAUUAUAGUCUUUUGAAAGUAGGUUAAAAGGAAAAUUAGCUUAUUUGCCGAGUACCCCAGAACCCCAGAUAAAAGCCUAGCUUAGCAUAAUUCACUGAAAGUGGGUUACACCAGUUAUCCUAUAGCUAAAAGUGAGCUAUAGGCCAGCUGGUCUAAAACACUCCCAGAUUAAUGUACAUUAGUGUGAGUAAGUGGUGGGAGUGGAGAAUGUAUAACUGUGUAGCUCCCUCUUGGGUGAACCAUGGAAACGGCACAGAGAGUAAGAGUCAGCACAGUAAAACUGAAAGCAAUCUUUAAUAAAGAAUUGAUUUUU